AUGACGCCGCUUUUUGCCAUUUUCGCCGUGGUCGCGGCUCUUACCUCGGCAGCCCUGUACAAUGCCGUGUAUAACCUCUUUCUUUCGCCAUUGUCCAAAAUCCCCGCGCCACAUUGGUCAUGUCAUUUCUCGAAACUCUGGUUCUCGUACGUUCGAUUAACCCGGCAAGAGAACAAAGUGGUGUAUCGGAAACAUAUGGAAAAAGGCCGGGCACUACGACUGGCGCCUGGUGUACUAAGUCUAAAUGCUUUCGAGGAUGGACUCAAACCGGUCUAUCUGGGGGGUUUCCCCAAAACCGAAUUCUACAGCAGGGCAUUCAACAAUUAUGAUACUUUCAACAUCUUCACAUUUCCAGAUAACGCAACGCACUCUGCCAGGAAGCGAAUGAUAUCGAACACAUUCUCCAAGUCCUUCAUUUUAAAUUCCGCCACUACUCGGAGCUCUGUCCGCAACAUCUUGUUUGGAAGGCUCCUGCCCAUCAUCGAAGAUGCUGCGCGAAAUGGGAAACCACUCGACAUGCUUGACUUAAGCUAUGCUUACUCUAUGGAUUCGUUUAUACAAUGGCAAUUCGGCAAACGCCUUGGAAGUAAUUUUAUCCAAGACCUAGGAGAAAGACGCUUUUACUUGGACGGCUUUUUCGCCGCCGCACCCUACACAUUCUGGCUGUAUGAGUUCCCGACACUCAACAAGCUGCUGAAGAAAGUAGGCCUCAUCCCUAGCAAGGUCGACAGUGGACUUCAGGAUGUCGAAGAUUGGAAUUUGGAAAAGUGCGAUAGUGCAUACAAGCUGCUCGAAUCGGGGGAGGCACUUGAUGACGAUGACAAUCCAAUUGUUUUCUCACAUGCCGUCAAGAAGAUGAUCGGAGACGACCCGAUGCCGGCUACCAAGGGCGACUAUCCACUGCGUUUGGACAUUGCCAGCGACAUGUUUUCGCACAACGGAGCAGCCCAUGAGACCAGCGGCAACACCCUGGGCUUCUUAUAUUAUGAAAUGUCACGCCGACCAGAUGUUCAAAAGAAACUUAGGUCUGAGCUCCUUACCUUGACUCCGCCUCUGAAGUUCCCGCAGCACUUGAGUGAAGGGCAGGAGCUUGACAUACCGCUGCCGAAGGAUGUGGAUGCCCUACCUUAUCUUGAGGCUGUUAUCAUGGAGACGUUGCGACUGUAUCCUCCUGUGCCCGGUGCUCAGCCCAGGACAGUGCCCGAGCCCUGCAGCCUUGGAGGAUAUGAUGAAAUACCCGCUGGCACCACGGUGCAAUCCUAUGCCUACUCGUUGCACCGUACGCCCGAGGUAUUUCCAGAUCCAGAGACCUGGAACCCCGACCGGUGGGUCAAUGCUUCGCCAGCAGAGUUGAGCAAUAUGCGACGGUGGUUCUGGGCCUUCGGUAGCGGGGGUAGGAUGUGCAUCGGGAGUAACUUUGCGUGGUUCUCAAUGAAACACAACGUCGGAAGUAUCUACACCAACUAUACAAGCUCAGUGCAUAGUGUCGGGAGUAUGGAACUCAUGGAUGCAUACCUCGCUGGACCCAAAGGGCACAAAGUGGAAAUACAAUUCUCUCGUGUUCAGUGA